AUGGGCGGGUCUAGGCCACGCCUAGGCGGCCUGGGCGGGUCUAGGCGGGUCUGGGAGCCAGGGCGGGUAUGCGUUGGUGUCGAGAAGUACUCAAUCCGAUUGUCUUCGUGGCAUGUUAUGGCCAUGGUUUUGGUAGGACCAUUUGCUUAUGUACUUGAAGGGAAGCAAAGGCCUUCACUCUCGUUUUCUGUAGCUGCCAAAAUUUUUGCGCUUGCAUUAUUUGGAACCACCAUCCAUCUGAAUGUGUACUACGCUGGUUUAGCAUACACUUCUCCAACAGUUGCAUGUGCCUUGAGUAAUGUUAUUCCCAGCUUGACAUUUCUAAUGGCAGUUCUACUUGGGUUGGAGAAGUUGAAGAUUAGAACUGCUAGAGGUCAAGCUAAGGUGGCUGGCACACUUUUCGGCAUUGGUGGUUCUCUUGUUUUCACUUUCUGGAAAGGAGGAUACCUAUUUAAAGGUUUUGUAAAGAGGCCACUGAUAAAUAUAUCUGUUGGUGAGAUGGGGCAUGUUAAGGAAAACUGGAUCAAGGGGGCCCUUCUUAUUCUGACGAGUCACAUUGCGUGGAGUGCAUGGCUAAUCCUCCAGGCUGUGGUCUCCAAAGUCUACACUGCUUGA